AUAUUAGAAGGGAAACACCCAAGUGUCUCUAUUGGUUCCUUUCAUUUGGUCCAAAAGAGAUUUAAACCCAGUGGGGACUGGUGGCAUCAGCAGCUGAGCUGGAAAGAGAAGAGCAGUGGCAGCUUUCAGCUUGCUCUUGCAAGUGACAUCUGAAUAAGAAGGGCCCCAAAGCAGAACACUAAAGACUAUCCCAGAGUGUCUUUCACUUAAGAACGUUAGAACCCUUCCUAUGCCCUUUUGAAAUAAGCCUUUCAGCAUACGUGUUGCCUUGCUAUUUUUAUGAGACCAACCAUCUCUCUGAAGAACUACAAGAUGGGUUACUGGCAUAAUAUUUCCUUCAUUCUGGGGGUGUUACUGUAUAGUGCUCUCCAAACAGCAGCUCUUCAACUGCCUGCAUCUCAGAAUUGCACCAGCAAAGGUCAGAAAAUCUCCCUCAGCCACUCAUACAAGAUUGACCUUCCCAAGUCAUCCCAGAUCCAGGUAGAAGAAGAUCCAUUGCCCCUCAAAGAUGAAAGUCAUACUCUGCCUGAUAUGGGAGAAGCAGAGGAGGGCGAGGAGCAGAAUAUCAUAUUCAGGCAUAACAUCCGAGUCCUCACACCGAAAGGUGACUGCGAAGCCUUGGACCACCUCAGAGCCCUUCUGGAAAGGAUGGAGAAGCUGGAGAAAGAAGUGAUGGAGCUGAGGGAGGCCUGCAAUCCACAGAAGUGUUGUGGGGGAGGCCAAGCAGGCAUUUCAGAUUGCAGUAGCCAUGGAACUUUCAUCCAAGAGAUCUGCAGCUGCAACUGUGACGAAGGCUGGGAAGGAAGCAACUGCUCUCGUCCCAGCUGCCCCAACAGCUGUAGUGGCAAUGGACGCUGUGUUGAUGGCAAAUGCAUCUGCCAUGAGCCCUAUGUUGGUGAGGACUGCAGUCAGCGGCUGUGCCCUGAGAACUGCAGUGGCAAUGGCAUCUGCAACAAUGGUGUUUGCCAGUGCUAUGAGGAGUUCAUUGGAGAUGACUGCAGUGAGAAGAGAUGUCCCAAUGACUGUAAUGGCAAUGGGUUCUGUGACACAGGCGAGUGCUACUGCCACGAUGGCUUUGUUGGCCUUGAUUGCUCCCAAGUGCUUACCCCUCAGAAUCUGCAGCUGCUAAAGACCACAGAGGGUUCCCUGACCCUUAGCUGGGAUGAGGUGAUUGAUGUGGAUUAUUAUCUCAUCAGCUAUUAUCCAAUGGGAUACCAGACCUCUGUAAAACAAGUCAGGGUGCCCAAAGGGCAACUCAGCUAUGAGAUUGUGGGACUUCAUCCCAGCACAACAUAUAACAUCACGCUUCGCCAUGUGAAGAAGGGGAUUUCCAGUGACCCAGAAAAUCUACAAGCGAGCACAGCUCUGUCUGUGGUUGGUGCCAUCUGGGUGACAGACGAGACAGAGGACUCACUGGAAGUGGAGUGGGAGAAUCCUCCAGCAGAGGUGGAUUAUUACAAGCUAAGGUUCCGCUCACUGCCUGGGCAAGGUGAAGAGGAGGUGAUGGUGCCUAAAAGCAGUGAACCAAAGAGCAGAUACAUCAUCACUGGCUUGAAACCUGGCACAGUGUAUAAUAUUACUGUCAUAUACAUGAAGGACAAUAUAGAGGGGAAACCAUCAUCAGUGACUGGCAGGACUGGAAUAGAUGGCCCAACUAACCUAGUGACUGACCGAGUGACAGAGGACACAGCCACCAUUUCCUGGAAGGGGGUCCAGGCUCCCAUAGACAGGUACAUGGUGACCUACACCACAGCUGAUGGGGAUAGCAAGGAGGUGGCAGUCAGGAAAGACAAGAGCAUGACCACUCUGACUGGACUGAGGCCUGGCAUGGAGUACAUCAUCUAUAUCUGGGCUGAGAAGGGAGCCCAUCAAAGCAAGCGGACAAGCACUAAAGCUGUGACAGAAAUGGACGGCCCAACUAACUUGGUGACUGACCAAGUAACAGAGGACACAGCCACCAUCUCCUGGAAGGGAGUCUGGGCUCCCAUAGACAGGUACAUGGUGAGCUACACCUCUCCUGAUGGUGAUGCCAGGGAGCUGCCAGUGGGGCAGGACAGAAGUGUCCACACCCUGACAGGACUGAGGCCAGGUGUGGAGUACACCAUCUACAUCUGGGCUGAGAAAGGAACCCAGCAGAGCAAGAGCACGAACACUACAGCUGUGACAGAAAUUGACAGUCCAACUAACCUGGUGACUGAUCAAGUGACAGAGGACACAGCCACCAUCUCCUGGAGGGCAGUUCAGGCUCCCAUAGACAGAUACAUGGUGAGCUACACUUCUCCUGAUGGGGACAGCAGGGAGAUGGCUGUGGAGAAUGACAGGAGCAUUACCACCUUGAUGGGACUGAGGCCAGGCAUGGAGUACAUCAUCUACAUCUGGGCUGAGAAAGGAACCCAGCAGAGCAAAAGGGCAGACACUAAGGCACUGACAGAAAUUGACAGCCCAACUAACCUGGUGACCGAUCAAGUGACAGAGGACACAGCCACCAUCUCUUGGAAGCAGGUCCAGGCUCCCAUAGACAGAUACAUGGUGAGCUACGCCUCUCCUGAUGGAGACAAAAGGGAGAUGGCAGUGUGGAAGGACAAGAGCAUCACCACUCUGACUGGACUGAGGCCAGGUGUGGAGUACAUUAUUUACAUCUGGGCUGAGAAAGGAACCCAGCAGAGCAAGAGGGAAGACACUAGAGCUGUGACAGAAAUUGACAGCCCAACUAAUCUAGUAGCUGACCGAGUGACAGAGAACACAGCCACUAUCUCCUGGAUGGGUGUUCAGGCACCCAUAGACAGAUAUAUGGUGAGCUACACCUCUCUUGAUGGGGACACCAGAGAGAUGGCAGCGGGGAAGGAUAGGAGUAUCACCCUGACGGGACUGAGGCCAGGCAUGGAGUAUAUCAUCUAUAUCUGGGCUGAGAAGGGAACUCAACAGAGCAAGAGGGCAAGCACUGAAGUACUGACAGAAAUUGAUGGCCCAACCAAUCUGGUGACUGAUCAAGUGACAGAGGACACAGCCACCAUCUUGUGGAAGCAGGUCCAGGCUCCCAUAGACAGAUACAUGGUGAGCUACACCUCUCCUGAUGGAGACACCAGAGAGAUGGCAGUGGGGAAGGACAGGAGCAUCACCACCCUUACUGGCCUUAAGCCAGGUGUGGAGUACAUCAUCUACAUCUGGGCUGAGAAGGGAACCCAGCAGAGCAAGAGGGCAGACACUAGAGCUGUGACAGAAAUUGACAGCCCAAUUAAUCUGGUGACUGACCGAGUGACAGAGGACACAGCCACCAUCUCUUGGCAGGGAGUCCAGGCUCCCAUAGACAGGUACAUAGUGAGGUACACCUUACCUGAUGGGGAUGCGAAGGAGAUGGCAGUGGGGAAGGACAAGAGCGUCACCACUCUGACCGGACUGACGCCAGGCAUGGAGUACAUCAUCUACAUCUGGGCUGAGAAGGGAGCCCAGCAAAGCAAGAAGGCAAACACUAAAGCAUUGACAGAAAUUGACCCUCCAAAGAACCUCCGUGUGUCAGAUGUUACACAGUCUACCAGCAUAGUGAACUGGACACCACCAACUGCACAAAUCGAUGGCUACACUCUGACCUAUCAGGGUGUAGACGGCACCAGCAAGGAAGUGCAGUUGGGUCCUGACGACCAAAGGUUCAUGUUGGAAGGACUGGGAAAAGGGGUGAGAUACACAGUUUAUGUGCUGGCUUUCAAGGGAGACCGCCGGAGCAGGAAAGCAAGCAGUUCCUUCUCAACAAUUGGCUUCCUCUACCCCUACCCUGCAGAUUGCAGCCAGAUGCAGCAAAAUGGGAAUGCUACCAGUGGCAUGUAUACCAUCUACCUGAAUAGUGAUGCUAGCAGGCCCAUGGAGGUGUACUGCGACAUGACCACAGAUGGAGGUGGAUGGAUUGUAUUUCAGAGGCGGAAUACAGGGGAGCUGGAUUUCUACAAGCGUUGGAGGAAUUACGUAGAAGGCUUUGGAGAUCCUAUGGGGGAAUUUUGGCUUGGUCUUGAUAAGCUGCACAGUCUCACCAGUGCCACACCCAUCCGAUAUGAGAUCCGGGUGGAUUUGCGGACUUCCAAUGAGUCUGCCUAUGCUGUCUAUGAUUUCUUCCAAGUUGCCUCAAGCAGGGAUAGAUACAAGCUGUCUGUAGGGAAUUACAGAGGCACUGCUGGGGAUGCGCUGACUUACCACAAUGGCUGGAAAUUCACAACGUGGGACAGAGACAAUGAUGUGGCUCUGAGCAACUGUGCUCUUGCGCAUCGUGGUGCCUGGUGGUACAAGAAUUGCCACUUGGCUAAUCUCAAUGGCAAAUACGGGGAAACCAAGCACAGUGAGGGGGUGAACUGGGAGCCAUGGAAAGGCCACGAGUUCUCCAUUCCUUUCACUGAGAUGAAGAUCCGUCCUCAAUCAUCCAGCAAUGAGCCCAUCCUGGGGAGGAAAAAGAGGUCUCUGGCAGGGAAGAGGAAGAAGACCAGGGUUUAAAAUAGCCUCCUGUCAAUUCACAGCAAUGCCCGAUGAUGAAAUUUCUUUAUUUUGUAACAGCGUCAGGCCUCAGGCAGCUUGUUCCAGCUCACUUAUAAUCACUGACCAACCUGCUUCAGUCCCCACUCGGAGUUCUCUGGGUUUGCAACCUGGCCUGCUUUUAAGCUGCUGGGGACUCCUGACAGGUGAUCAGUAAGAACGUGGUUAGGGACAGAUGGGGAAUGUUAAGGACUUACAACUCUCUUUAUUCACUGAACUCAACAAUGACCUGACUAGUCCAAUGUACACAGUUGAUCUCUCCUUACUGAUCUUUGUGAACCUUACAAGCAAGCUUUAAUGCAUGAUGCUGCUUCUUAAACCCCCAUCUUAACAAAGGCUCUCCUCUGCUUGAUACUGCCACCAUCUGCUGUUCUAAAGCUUCAGGCCUCAAGAGGGUCCUGUCAGGGUAAAAAUACCAUAUUGAAAAACAACUAUUCUGGUCUUGGUUGGAUUGUUAAACACAAUAUUAUCAAGGCUGUUAUGUUCUUGCAUCUACUCUUCCUGCUUGUUUUUCUUUCCCUGUUUUCUGUCUUGGAUGAUGAAAAGAGAAUAGUGAGUUUCAUUUCUCUUCAUAAUCAGUCUUUAAUCACCUUCUCUUUCAUGUCCUUGUGCACUAGCAAAAUGCUGCAGUGUUUGGGUUGCAGACACUGCAAAGGAAGGUUUGCUACUUCCACUGGGAUUUUAAAAACCACUUGGGAACAUUUCCCUUAGUUUAGGUUUUUGUAUAUGCUUCUUUUUUAUAAAGCCUACAUUUUCCUAUCGGUAAUCAGUGUCACUGAUUAAUCCUCUGUUAUGGAAGGGAGGCCUAAAUUUGGGCUUACUUUAGCUGGCCCUUGAACUGCUCUGUAACAUAGUUUGGCUAUUUUAGAGCCAACUUCUUGGCGUUGUACAAAGCCAGCUUUCCUGAGUAAUGAUCCAUUGCUGACAUGUUCUGCUUUGAUGGGGGAAUAUCUCCAGCUCUGGUUGGCAAAAAGGAAAACAAGGAAUUGAUUCAGGAAUAUAUGCAAAUAGGAGAUUUGUCAUAUUCUUCCAGCUGGAAUCCACUGCUGAAUGCCCCUGUAAAGGAUUCACUAUGUGGCUUUUAAAAAUGUCAUAACCCUUCUACCUUGCUUUUCCUAUAUUUAAAAUGGGGGUAAUAAUUCACCAGUCUACCUCCCACAUUGUGUUUUGUGUUAAUUGGUCAAUGUUCUUCCAAGCACUCUAUGAGCAUUAAAUACUAAAUAUUAUUUUAAUAAUAAGAACUAAUUCUUAAAAUAGUGCCACUGAUCACAGAGAAAGGAAGAGGAUGGAAAAGGCUCUUAAUUCAUCCCCCUCUCUGUCCUUCACCCAGGCAGGUAGAAACAGGAUGUUGGAGCUGCAAAACCCAGGACAAGAGACUUCAACCUGGGUAAUAAACCUUACCAGGAGCUUAACAUUUCAUAUAGCCUAACCUCUUAACUGAAGGGACUUGGAUGCCUAAGAGCUGGGCUACGUGAACUGUUACAUUGCUGGUCUGGUUCAUUAACUCAGGCUAAACUCCUGUAUUUGGGUCCUCCAACUCCACUGUUCUGUUCCUAUCUGUUUAAAAUUCUUCUAUGUAACUGAAUUAAAACUUUUUUGGAAUGCCAACAUCUUUCAACCAAAAUAGCUGUCUAGGGGAGUGUAGAGUACAGUAGGGUUCAAAUUAUUAGGCAGGGGUCAGAAUAGGGAAGGGGGUGUAAUGUCAGUACUCUCCUAAGCUCUGCCUGCUGUCCAAGCUCCUUUUCUGCUGUCCCAGCCAUGACUACGAAGAAUGGUGGCUGUCCUUCUUUCUUGUAUGCUUUUCCCUAGCAUUGAAAUCAUUAACAAUGCUGAAUUUAAUGCAUCAGGAUCAAUAAAAGUAGUCUUUGCUGUUCUCAAACUUUUCUCUGUAGGUACUGCUGCCCAGGUUUACAACCAGUUUCUAUUACAAAACUUUUUUCUUCACAAUCAUAAGGGCAAAAUUAAAUUAUUUCCUGUGAAGAAAAACUUAGAUUCUGAAGCACAAGAUAUGGCAAACCUGGGAAAGUAAGAGUUCACCACACUGAUGAAAACCAGUCAAAUUUGAUGAUUCUGCAAGUUGGAACAUAGUCCUCCUGCAUCUUGUUGCUUUAUUCUAAUCUGAAUGUUGUAUGGAAUUAAAAAAAAUACAUAUAAAAA